AUGUGGCUCAGGAAUAUCACGAUUGUGCUUACGACAGCAGCACUCGUCACAGCUUCGAUCUCUACACCAAUAUCAUCGGACGGUACGACGGAUACAAGACCAGUACGACGAGCGCAUGAUGUCAGAAAGAGGGAGGAGAACCACAAGUACUUCCACGAACCUGGAGGCGACAUGAACCUCGGCCACUAUGAUGCUCGCUAUUUCCAUGAGGUUGUUUCCGACCAAGAGCGAACAGACACUCAGUCACACAUGAUCCGAGCGUACCUUGAUUUUUUCCGUGAACACAACCUAGAUACAUGGAUCGCACAUGGAACACUGCUGGGAUGGUGGUGGAAUGGAAAGCGUCUCCCAUGGGACUAUGACCUCGAUACCCAAGUCGCAGACGCAACGCUGCACCAUCUGGGCGAAGUCUACAACCAAACGAAGUACCAAUAUGCGUCUGCCGAUGGUACUGUGCAACGCGAAUAUCUCCUCGACGUUAACCCCUGGAUCUGGGAACGGGAGCGUGGCGACGGCGCUAAUAUUAUUGACGCACGGUGGAUCGAUACUCGUAAUGGCCUGUUCGUUGACAUUACAGGCCUUAGUGAAAUACACCCCGACACGCAUCCAGGGAUCUGGAGCUGCAAGAAUUACCACAUGUACAGGACGGAUGAAUUGUAUCCGAUGCGCGAGACAAUGUUCGAGGGUGUGAGGGCCAAGGUGCCGUACGAUUAUGAUAAGAUCCUCAUAGAUGAAUACCAAGAAAAGGCCUUGAUUGAGACAAAUUUCAACGGACACCGGUGGGACACGCAGCUCCGCGAAUGGGUGCAGACAGAAGAGACGAGGGCGAAAAAGGAGAAGGAGCGCAAGGAGAAGGAAGAAGCAAAGGAGAAGGAGAAACUAGAGCAAGCGAAGCUGGACUAG